CUCUAGAGCCCGAACAGAUCUGGGACCUGGCUAGAGGAGAGACAUGUUGGAGAUAUGUACUAUAGUGUGUGAUGUCUGUAGUGUCUAGUUGGGAUUCCAUCCAUCACAGAUACUUUACCCUGUAAUUGAUGCUGUGUGUUUGAGGACCUACAUGCUCACACCUCAGGCACUUCUUAGUGUGGGUGCACAAACAACAAUCUGUUUUCUGGUGAUUUAGUUUCAACCAGCUGAUGUGUGCGUGCCUGUGUGUUAGACUAGCAUGCCGGAGAGGGAAGGCUGCCACAGAGCAGAGAGUCUCAGGGUGUCAUAAUGGACUUCUGUUUGGCUGGGGGCCCUGGCCACAGUCCUGGUAUAAAAGAGCCUUUGAGCAGAAGAGGGGCUGCUGCUGCUGGCUUUAGAGACAUUAUACACUGGUCACAGGAUGUGUCGCUCCUGGAACCGACUCAAAGUGAGGUCACAAAGAUUUUCUUGAGGGUGUACAUGUUGGUGUAUUUCUGAGAGCGCAUUUCAAAUGGAUGCUUCAUUCGAUUUCGAUCCUGCCUUUCACCCCGAUUCACAUUUGAGAUUUUUUCAGUUAACAUUUAGGCUAUGCCACAUGCAUUUGUUUCUUCUCCGUAAUGAAUACAGAUCUGAGUACCUCCAUGACGAUAUCAAGAAUAGAAAAAACUUCUAACAGUACUGAUUGGUCCAAUUAAUUCUACACUCAACCAAUGAGUUGAGCCAGAGUCAGAAUACUUGAAAAUUUGUCAUUGGUUUUGCUUCCCUGAUUGGUUAGAGAUGAUCCAAUCACUGAUUACUAUGUUUUGUACAAUACCCAUCAUUUUGACAUUACCACAAAUGACUUCAACGAUGGCGGUCUCAGACUGAAGUAUGUAUCAAACAUAGAGAAGCUGAAGAAUUCAGUUUGAAUCAUCAGCCAAUAUUUAGGCUACAUUGAGUGUAUAAUCAUUUUUUCAGAUGUAUGGAGACAGAUACUAUCACAAAAGCCACCGAUAAUGCUGUGGCAAACGGUUUCUUAUUUAGAUGUACCAAAACGUAGGCAGGAUUGCAUUUCCCUAUUAUUUUGCCUGUUGGCUUUCUCUCUCACGAGUGAUGUUGAUUGAGUAUCUGAUAAGCAGAACACAUGAACACAUGAGAUUUGCUACUGAGCUUAGGUCCCUCUGGGAUAAUGAAUCCAAAUAUAUUUUUAUUGGUCACAUACACGUGUUUAGCAGAUGUUAUUGCGGGUGUAGCGAAAUGCUUGUGUUAAUAAAGACUACUCUACCUGUUCACCACUUGUUAGCUUAGCCAAAUCCUAAAAGUAGGCUAGUUUUUGAACACCCCAUCUGACUGAGAGUUUUGAAUGACAAGGUUUUUGGGUGGUUUCCGGGUGUCUACUUGCUACCUUUCCUGCUUUACCUGUUCACAACGACAUAUUGUCCCAUUUUAUGUCACUGAAUGGGCCACUCCCAGGCUCCACGUCAACACACUGCCUGCACACCGGUGGCCAGCUUCUAUUGGUCUCACCUGUAGCUACCGCUUCUUCCUCCUUCACAGCAGAACUGAGCUGUGGGAUGCUCAUUGGUUGUACAUAGACAUUCUCUUCAGGAUCUGCAAGCUAGUGUUCUUUCAGUGGUCUGCUAUAUGGACAGACGUGAGCCUUAAAGAAGAACGUUCCUUGUGAGCAGAGAUUGUAUCAUUAUUUUCAGUUUUUUACAGGCAACCUGGAUCUGAAUGAAGCUGAUCCCUCCCCCAUGCCUGUUUCUCCAGGCUACACCCAACUGGAGCAGAAUGAUCCGUCUAUGAACCCCCUGCGCAUCUCAGUCGGAGGACUUCCCAUGUUGGCCUCCAUGACCAACACCCCAGACCCCCGAUUCCGCCUCAAUUUUAAGGCCAUCGUAGCCCUGGUCCUGGCCAUUGCCCUGGUCCUCCUCUACAUGCACCUGAACCCGGGCUCCUACUCCGAGGUCCCCAGCUCCCGUAACUGGAAGUCUGGCCACACUGGGAUGGCGAUGGACGAGGUGGCCGACCGCUACAAUGACACUUACCCGCUCAGCACACCUGAGCGGACGCCGCAGGGCACGCGCUACCGCAUCGGGGUCAUUGCCGACCUGGACACGGACUCGCGCAGCGACAAGAAGCUGACGUGGUUCAGCUACAUGCGCCGGGGCCACCUGCUGGUGUCGGAGAGUGGCACCAAGGUGGCCGUGGAAUGGGACGCGGAGAGGGUCCUGCUGGAGAGCCACCUGGCGGAGAAGGGCCGGGGCAUGGAGCUGUCAGAGCUGGUGGUGUUCAACGGGAAGCUGUACAGCGUGGAUGACCGAACGGGCGUGGUCUACUACAUCGACGGCAGCAAGGCUGUGCCCUGGGUCAUCCUGCCUGAUGGGGACGGCUCCGUCUCCAAAGGGUUUAAAGCGGAGUGGCUAGCAGUAAAGGACGAGCACUUGUACGUGGGUGGCCUGGGGAAAGAGUGGACAACUACCACGGGGGAGGUGGUCAACAACAACCCUGAGUGGGUAAAGGUGGUGGGCCAUCGGGGGGACGUGCAGCACCAGAACUGGGUCCCCAAUUACAACCUCCUGAGGUCCGCAGCUGGGAUCGAACCUCCAGGUUACCUGAUCCACGAGUCGGCCGCGUGGAGCGACAGCCUGCAGCGCUGGUUCUUCCUCCCACGCCGCGCUAGCAAAGAGCGCUACGAUGAGACGGCCGACGAGCGUCGUGCUGCCAACCUCGUCCUCAGCUGCUCACCGGACUUCAAGGACGUCACCGUGAACCGGGUGGGCCCGCAUAACCCCACACACGGCUUCUCCUCCUUCAAGUUUGUCCCCAACAUGGACGAUCAGAUCAUCGUGGCUCUCAAGUCGGAGGAGGACGCUGGGAAAAUCGCCUCGUACAUAAUGGCAUUCACACUGGACGGCCAGAUCCUGUUACCUGAAACCAAGAUAGGAGACGUGAAGUAUGAGGGUCUGGAGUUCAUUUAGGAAACAAGGACAUAUAGUAGCUAUGUGGAACAUCGUUGUUGACAUUCCAUGCACUCAAAAGUUAACUUGCUGCUUGUUAAUUGACUGUGAAGACGACACGCAGCCCAAUCGAUCAAUCACGGAUCAGAAGCCAUUUUGGUGUGACCUGAGGUAAGCAUCAAACGGAAGAAAACAGACUGAAACAUGGAGGGGCUACCUGUCAUUUUUUCAUUUUAUGUUGCAAAACAUUUAAAAUAAUAAUUUAGUCGCAUUCCCUAAUGAACUCAACUCAAGGUUUCAGGGCCAAGACAUUCUGUUCAGUAAAUGGGAGCCUAGAGUAGCCUAGGCUACCUGAACAAAGUCCUCUAGUUGAGGAUGUCCUCUUGAUGACCAUCCUCUUCCCAGGCCAACGGCUGUCUUGUAAAGUAAUGUAGACUUUGUCAGAAUGAAUGUACAAAUUAUCAAUUCAUCUUAAACUGUGAUUUAACUCAUAAAAUGCAGAUACUGUACAUCCAGGAACUAAUGGAUUUGUUGUAUUUUCCCCCCAGUGUAUAUCACAGUUUCGUCUUAGAAAAAAAAAUAUCAUAUACUUCAGGACACUAUACCCUACGUCAGAGAUCAUCAACUACUUCAGUGGUGGGAUGAUUUUGUUCUUGAGCGGAUGGUCGGUGGCCCGGAACAUCAUUACAAAUCAUUUGUAGACUGGAAAUUGACCACAUGAAGCCCAAACAGAUAUAUUUGACUAAAACGUGAUCAUUUCAAACCGUGCUUACAUUUGCAUAUGAUCACGUGUCUCUCUGUUGUGCAGGGGAAUACCUGGGAACAGAUUUACACAAUGAAAAUCACUUGGAGAUGAUUUGCUGGUGUUUUUAGUCUUUUAUGUCCAACAAUGAAAAUACAAAAAAUAAAAACCUGCAGCGUAGCCUAGUGGUUAGAGCGUUGGACUAGUAACCGGAAGGUUGCGAGUUCAAACCCCCGAGCUGACAAGGUACAAAUCUGUCGUUCUGCCCCUGAACAGGCAGUUAACCCACUGUUCCCAGGCCGUCAUUGAAAAUAAGAAUAUGUUCUUAACUGACUUGCCUGGUUAAAUAAAGGUAAAAUUAAAAAAAAUAUAUAUAUAUAUAUAUGUGACUCCAUUGACCUUUAUGAAAAUAUGUUUUUUUUAAAGGAAUAUAGAACAAAAGCAGAAUCUCACAUCAUCCUGUUUUGUUUUACUGGUGUUUGUUGAGUAAAAUCUAUCAUGAUACACCCGGAGUCUUUUAUUGGGUGAGGUUGGAAAACAUACAAAAUCAAAGAAGAUGACUAUUUGUCUGCAUUAUGUAACUAUCACAUCAUUUAGGUUGGGUGUUAUGAAUAUACCUUGUUAUUAAUUAGCACGUGUGUGUUAUUAUCAUGUCAUAUGGAUGUGCAAUGCUGUUUAUUCUGAAAAUUGAUUGAACAUAAUACAAAUGUAUUAAAUCAUUUUACAUUUAGGUUAGGGUUAGGAUUUAGGGUUAGGAUUUAGGGUUAGGGUUAUUUAGGAUUUAGGGUUAGGAUUUAGGGUUAGGGUUAGGAUUUAGGGUCAGCCAUUGUUUUUUCUUGUCCAAGGUUGACCUAAUUCUUGAUCUCUCUUGGUUUAGUCAGUCUUAUCUAUUGGGAAUCAAACUAAAACAAUAUCUACAAGCUGUGCAACCAGCCCCUCUGAGGUCACACUAAAUCUAGAGAAUCCAGUUGCAUGCGUGCAGUUUUGAUUACGUUAGUAAAUACUUUCACCCCUGUGGCUAUAGCCUAGUUAAAUAAAGGUUAAAUAAAAAUCUAAUAUAUAUCUAAGCAGUGUCAUUUUACAAGCGUUUUAUAAGAACUACGACGCGCACAGCAAGACACCAAGAGGUAAGAUAUUUAAGAAUCUGAAUGUCAAAUGUCUCUGAAAACUCUAGAUUAACUAUUGUCCUUAGUGCUGAAUAUAAUGUUUGCUUUUUAUAUUGGAUUAUAUUGGAUAUACUUGAUUGUCUGUUGUACACAAAUGUACUUUAUGUACAGAAAAUAGAUUUUUGUUGAAAAUCAACUAAAUGUGCUAUGGUUUCUUAUGGGAAAAACACUUUCACUAGAUACAGUGAUCCAGCAUGGUCAUUUUUGUGGAGAAUACAAUUUUGCUACUUUUUUAUUAAUAAAACACAUUUGAGUUGUAAUUCA